CAAGCUGGCGUCUCUGGCACAUGGAGCUGUUUGGUGCUAAUCUGCUUUGCUUUUCUUUUACAGGCAAGAUGUGGAUUUUCUAGCACUAACUCAGCAAGGCCAGCGUUUAAUCCAGCUGCUUCGUGGGCCACCAGAGCUUGGACGGAUGUUGCACAUGGACACAUACAAAGAAGAGGACUUUACUUGACCGUUGCCCUUGCAGAAGAAAACGCACUUCAGUCCAAGGAUCUGACAGAAGCCAUCUAUGAGAAGCUGGCUGAUGAGACGCUGGAUGCGUUGGCAGAAUAUUUUGAGGAUCUCGCCAAUGAGAGCUUUUCUGAUGUGCAAGAUUAUGACGUGGUGUUUUCUAGUGGUGUCCUGACUGUGAAAGUAGGAGGUGGCCAUGGCACUUACGUCAUCAAUAAACAAAAACCCAACAGACAGAUUUGGCUCUCCUCUCCUACAAGGCAAGCAUCUCUGCUUUUUAUUUUCUGUGCAGCCUGUUUCUGAAAAGAAUUUUGAAAAUGUAUCCAGAAACGAUCUACAGCAUUAUAUUACUGUGCUCCAUGUUUCUAUAAUAACAACUAACCCAGGGACUUGACUAACACUAAAGCGUGUCAUUAAAAAUGUGUAAUUAUUGAUAUGGUGAAGGUUUCUGAAUGAGAUUGUUUAGGAAUUUUUGGAAGGAGUUUCCAGUGUCAGUACUUUCUAACACUUAGAGGUAAAGUCGCAAUUUUUCAGACAUCGGGAAAUUCCUCAGGUUGGACAGUUUUCUCAGUAACAUGGCAAGCUGCAAUUUUUUUUCAUAUUAACUCCAGGUGAUAACAGGACCUAACUUGUUUCGUGGAUAUUCCACAACGUUAAAUGUAACUGUAAAACAGAACAAAUUUGUCAUUUGCAAAUAAAUAAUUGUUAGUGUUGACGAAUUGCGGUGGUAUAAGAGGAAUAAAACACUUCGGAACAUGCUGUUAUUGGAACAUGUGGUAAUGUUAACUCUGCUUCAUGUCAGGCCACGUUACCCCAUCCAGUUGAUGAUUAUUUUCCCAUAGUAAACCUUUGGGAAACAUUAUUCUGCCAAGCCAUAUAUUGGCAUAUCCUGUCUUUUACUGAUGAUUCUAUAUUGUUGUUUUGUUUUGUUUAGUUUUUUUGCAGCGUUCCGAAACGUUACGAUUGGACAGGAGAACGCUGGGUGUACCCCCACGACGGCAUGGCCUUGCACGAUCUUCUCUCUAAAGAGUUUUCAGCCAUCUUUCAGUCAAAUAUAGACCUGUCACAUCUCCUCCAUUCCUGAGAAGGACUAGAGAAUGAGGAAAGCACCAGAAACAUGUCUUGCCAUUCAGGAACAGAAGUAUACGAGCACAAAUGGAUUCCUCAUUGCUCUUCUUGGGAACCAGAAAUAUUGUUGACUCAUAUACUACUAUAUCUUCUGAAGAUUUACAUUUACAUUUACAUUUAUUCAUUUAGCAGACGCUUUUAUCCAAAGCGACUUACAAAUGAGAAAAUACGAGCAAAAAUGAGAAAAUACAAGCAAAGGCUUGUAUUACAAAUACAAGGCUUUUAAGUCAACGGCGGUAUAGUAGAGAUCUGAUCAUAGUUAGACUGCAGGCAGUUGAGUGGAGACUAGAGAGAGGAAGAGGGAGGGGAUAAUUUGUUAAAAAAAGCUGUAGGAAAGCUGAGUCUGAGAUGCUCGGUUGGUGUUUGUUCAGUACGUAGUGUGGUAUAUUUACGUAUGGUAAUUAAAGGUCUGCAAUUAUAGAAUCAGCCCAUCAUUCAGCAAAUAAAUUCAAGGUGUGUGCUAGUCAAUAUGUACCUAUGUUACACUUGAAGCUGUGAGUCAUCAUCAACUUUGAAAUGUUUUUUUUUACCUUCAGUUUUUCUUUGUUUGCACAGUAUGUUGUUGAUGAAUAUCUGUUCAUGAUAAAUAAAUGAUAUAUGAAUUCCUGUAAUAUGUUAUUUUAUCACCUAAUAUGCUGUUGGUCCUUUAUGUGCUGCCAAAACAGCUCCAGUCCACUGAGGCAUUGACUCUACAAGACCUCUGAAGGUACCCUGUGGUAUCUGGCACCAAGACGUCCGCAGCAGAUCCUUCAAGUCCUGUAAUAUGUGAGGCGGAGCUGCUCUCGGAUCUAAUUUAUUUAUUUUUUGUACCAGCACAUCAGAGCGCUGCCCUGAACUUCACAUUCCCUCCACUUGCUUGUCUUUUUCCCCAUAGUGCAUUAUGGUGCCAUCACUUCCCCAGGUAAAUGCCGCACACGUUCCUGAUG